AUGGGUCUCUUCCGCCAGAACUCGCCGUCGUCGCCGGCGGUCGCCGAGAACGGCCUCACGCCCGUCAUGCAGGAGAAGAACGAAGACGCGAUCUUCGCCGCGCGCAAGAAGCGCAUGCUCAUCAUGGCCGGCUGCGGCUUUGCCGUCGUCGGCGCCGUCGGCGCGGUGACCUACUUUGGCACGGCCAGCGGUACCAGCGCCAGCAGCACGAGCGAUGGCUUGGCGACGCCGACGACCAAGGCGCCGGCCGGCGAAACCUCCGUCGGCUCGACGGGUCUUGAAGGCGGUGUGGUCGCCUCGGGCUACACGGAGAUUCCGACGCCGGCGCCGACGACGCCCGAACCGGUCUACGAGUCGUGGACCGAGACGACGACGAACGGCAGCAUCGUGCACUUUUUCAAUGGCACGUCGAUCGAGACGACCAACGUCACGGACACCGAGUCGCUCAUCGGCGGCAACUCGACGACGUCGGCGCCCGACGUCGUGACGAUCCUCCCGACGACGGAAACGCCGGAGACGGAGACGCCGAUCACGGACGUUACGACGCCGGCGCCCACGGAUGCCGCGACCAGCGCACCGACGCAGGCGCCGACCUCUGCCCCGACGGACGCCCCGACCCCGGCUCCCACGCAAGCUCCCACCCCGGCUCCCACACAGGCCCCAACCCCGGCUCCCACGCAGGCCCCGACCCAGGCGCCCACCCAGGCUCCCACGCAGGCGCCUACCCAGGCUCCCACGCAGGCGCCUACCCAGGCCCCGACCCAGGCGCCUACCCAGGCUCCCACGCAGGCCCCCAAGCCUGCCCCUACGCAGGCCCCGCAGCCUCAGCCGCAGCCGCAGCCUCAGCCGCAGCCGGCAGCCGCAGCCGCAGCCGGCGCCUGCGCCCAACGCUGGCAAGACCAACAACAACGGUACACGACCAAGUCGGCGACGUGGUUCACGGGCAACGGCCGCGGCGACCUGCAGAAGGGCGAGUCCGUCCAGCUCGGUCCGUUCAGCGGUGGCUACACGCUCGGCGUCCAGGAGAACGUCUUUGCCAAGUGCGUGUACUCGGGCACGUGCGCGUGGGACAACAAGUCGGCCGACAACUACUGCUACAACUUUAGCCUCGACGCGAGCUGCAACGCGUCGUGGAACGACUGCCCGUACCCGAACGGCCAGCCCGGCAAGAACGGUGGUAUGUCGCCGGCGCCCGACGGCCGCAAGCGCUACACGAUCACGGGCGCCGUCGACGCCAGUGGCACGUGCGUUGUGACGGUCAACCCGACGGGCGGCGGCGACUUCUACUGCGACGCCAAGUGGUAA